AAGCAAUGUUUUCACCAAAACUGCUAACAUUGUGCCUUAUCAGCAUUGGCUGUUCUUGGGCCGUCAAUGCUAAGUUGGAGGAACGCUUCUCAUGGAAACAAUUGACCUUCGAUUGGCCAAGCCCAGAAGCCGAGGCAGAGGCCAAACGAACUGGCCAUUACAUUGAGGAGAACAAUUUGCCACUCGGCUUAGAGCGUUGGGAAAACAAAAUCUUUGUCACCGUGCCAAGAUGGAAAGCCGGAGUUGCAGCCACAUUAAACUACAUUGAUCUAUCGACGAACGAGAAGUCGCCCAAACUGCGACCAUAUCCAAGCUGGGAAGCCAAUAAGCUGCCAAUUGAAGUGGCGCCCCAGAUACAGAAUACACCGUCUGGAGGUCGACUCGAUGCCGACAAGGCGCAGCAUGCUGAGAUACAAUUAGAGAACAAUUCUACUAUUAUUUCCACCUUUCGCAUUCAGGUGGACGUCUGUGAUCGUUUGUGGAUAUUGGACACUGGUCUCGCUGACAUCUUGGGUAAUCCUAAGCAAAUCACGCCCAACACAAUUUUGGUGUUUGAUCUGAAGACAGAUAAAUUGCUGCGUCGCUUUGCCUUACCAUCCGACCAGACGAAGGAAGACACCUUCUUUGCCAAUAUUAUUGUUGAUGCUGAGCGCGAUCAGUGCGAAGAUGCGUUUGCUUAUGUUCCGGACUUGGGCGCCUAUGGCGUCAUUGUAUAUUCCCUGCGCGACAACAAAUCAUACCGUGUUAAGCACAACUACUUCCAUUUCGAUCCACUGCACGGCGACUUUAAUGUGGGAGGCGUGAACUUCCAGUGGACCGAUGGUGUGUUCGGCAUGGCAGUCGGUCCGUUGAAGGCUGACCAUACCAAAGACGUAUAUUUCCAUGCGCUUGCCAGCACGAAAGAGUUUAAGGUCUCGAAUCGCGUCCUUCAAAACGAAUCUCAUGUCAAUGGUGGUGACUCCUACUAUGAUUUCCAAUUUGUCGGCGAUCGCGGAAUGAAUGGACAAUCCACAUCGGAGGUUUAUGACAAAAAUACGGGCAUCAUUUUUUACACACAAGUGAACAAGGAUGCCAUCGCUUGCUGGAAUAUUAAUCGUCCUUAUACAUCCGAUAACCAGGGUCUCAUAGAUUCCGAUUCGCAUACCUUAGUGUUUCCCAAUGAUCUUAAGGUCGACCAGGAUGGUUCAUUAUGGGUGCUCUCAGACAGAAUGCCCACUUAUUUAUACAAAGAACUGGAUCAUUCAGCAGUCAACUAUCGCAUACUCACUGGUAAGAAUAAGGAUCUAAUUAAAGGCACUCCAUGCGAAUAAGCGAAUGGUUAGGCGCUCCAUUUACAAAGUUUUCUUUUAUUUACAAGCAUUUUUUUCGUUUUUCUUAAUAAAACUAAAAAUCCA